CAGUUCAGGACAUAUCGGGAAUUCUUUUCAAACCGAGGAGGACCGAAGGCAAUCUACGCUUUCAUCUAUGCCAAGGACGGAGGAAAUCUGCUGAAAACGUCGCAUUUGAACGAGACCGUGCAGAGUGGCAUGUUGAUCUUCCGACCAACACAGGAACAGAGCGGCAUGCUGGACUUGGCGUUAUCCUAUACAACGCGUUCUCGGCACAAAGCUGUUUAUGGACCCGAACCUCUUCGGUGUAAAAGUAGCCGUGAAAGGCGAUCAAGGCCAAGAACUUAUUGUAUCAACAGCAAAUCGCAAGUACAAGGAUUCUCUUACAGGAAACAUUCUCCGAACAGCGAGUUCAUUUCAAAAGCGACAAUCUUUCCAGUGAGGGCAGGACUGUCUCUGCUGCCAUUCCUCGUCAUCGGAUUCAUCAUUAUGGCCACAUUUUCAAGUGUGACUUUCUCCAUCAGUGGAAUCGUCCUCAAACAGAUGAACAUUCACAAGAUAACGCUAGCAGUGAUGGCAUGUGUAUGCCCAUUUAUGGCAUGUGGAGCCACUCUUGGAGCGAUGUUCUGGUGUGGAUUCCGGUUCGGCUCCAUCUUGUGUGUAACGCCAUUCCUCGUACUGGCCAUCGGAGUUGACGACGCGUACUUGAUGACGAAUGCCUGGCAAAGGAUUACCACUCACAGAAGAGGUUGUGGUUGGAGUUGUCAUCCAAGCGAUGGACAUGACCGACCAGAUAAAUGCAGCCACGGCGGAAUAAGACCCCAUGUCUUAGUUGUUGGAAAAUUCCUCCACACAGUGUUGGAUUCCGAAGUCCGCCACAGAAUUGUUGAGAUGCUGGUCGAAACCGGACCAUCUGUCUCCAUCACCACAAUCACCAAUGUGAUGGCGUUCGGCAUCGGGGCAUUCACUCCCACGCCUGAAAUCCAGCUCUUCAGCAUUGGCAACGCUCUCGCCGUCAUCGUCGACUUCAUAUUCCAGAUAACUAUAUAUGCUGCCCUGAUGGUGAUUGUUGGAAGAUACGAGGUCGAAAAGGAAAUGAAUGAGAAGCCGGCAAUCUGCGACCAAAUCCCUUCCGAGAAAAGUUCAGCGACAAUUGAGGAGUCGACGAAGGCAACGAGAAUCCUUGACGCCUACUGUGACUUGAUUUCGAACAAGUAUUUCUCCUCGCUGGUCAUAGCGGUGCUUGCCGUUUACUGGUACGUCUCCAUUAUCGGCACCAUCAAUAUCAAAGCGGAACUGACUCCAGACAAACUGUUCCUUGCAGACUCGGAUCUGGUUAAGAUUUUCGAAGCACGGAAUCAGUACAUCACGACCUACUACAGUGUGUGCUGGGUACUUGUCAAGAACCCCGGCGAUGUUAUGAAUGCGACGAAUUCGAAGCGAAUACAUCAGCUGGUCGAAGAUUUCGAGAGUUUACCGAACUCAGUAGGUUCGUACUCGACCAAGUUCUGGUUGAGAGACUAUGAAGAUUUCCGUAAACAAGGAGAAGAACUCGACAAUUCGGAUGAAUUCGACGAAAUGAUCGGAACUGCCAUAGAAUUCUCACAGAAUGGAAGCGCCAUAUUCCCGUCAGUGACCAAAGAGCAAGGCAACGAGCUAAAGCAGUUCCUCGAAUGGCCGGAAUUCUCGUUCUGGAAGGGAUUUCUUCAGGUGGAAAACAAUGGAUCUAGGUACACAGCGGAUAAGAAAUGCAAGAUAGAGUAA